UUCAUGAUAAAUGUAGGUAUUAAAGGAAAUAACCUUCCAGAACAGUCACGUUUCUCCUAGCAUUCCCUGGUUUUGUUUCACCCUCUUCCUCCAUUUCCUGUUGGUGACCUUUGUUGUUUUGCAUGUUUUGUUAGAAGAGAGCAAACUAACACUUUCCUGUGACAGCUAAGCUCACAAGGAUGAGUAUUUUUCACUUAAAACAUUAAUCUCCAAAUGUAUGUAGCCAAAAAACGUUUUGUUUCUCAGGGCAUCAAGUUGUCAGCAGAGGUCAAACCGUUUGUUCCAAAACAUGCAGCGGUAACUGUGGCAUGGUCAGAACCCUCAGAAGCAUGUGUCUUUCCUAGGUACUUAACUACAUGCUACCCAUUUGUUCAGGAACCAUCUUUGGAUAAGAAAUCUCAGUAUUUUCAACCCAUUUUGAUUUGUAACGGAAAUUUAACAGUGAGUGUUCUGGGAGAUCCUGCCUUCCGUGAAUACUCCAGCUGCUCUUACUCACCUGAUGUUGUUUCAAAUGUAUAUCCAGUAGCUGGCUCACAAUAUCAUUCUAACAACUCAACACACUAUAAUGGUUCAGGAAUAGUCAGUGAAUCUGCUGGGCAAACGUAUCCAAUCAGACAAGAAAGUAAGAAUCUUUCAAAGCAGAGGAGAUCAAAAGAGGGUGAGAGAAAAUUAGACAAGAAAAGGCAUGAUGGAGAUGACUCUUCUGUCAGAAUUGUGAGCAGGACUUCGUUCCAGACCUCCGCAUACAGCAGAGAUUCUGUGAAGCCAGACAGGUUCAAUAAAACUACAAACAAGAAGUCAACUCAAACUGCAAAAACAGAGUGUCUUCCUGUACCUGCUCUUGAAGCUACCAUUCUGGAUUGCCAGAAGUCACAGAGUUUGGGAAGCAGUGAGAUACUGAAUGUACAGCACAAAAGUGGACCAAUAUAUUCAGCAGAAAGUAACAUUACGUGCCCUAGUCAACCACAGAUGUCUCUCUUGUUGAACACAGAGGAAGAUACUUCUGCGGAAAGCAAAGCUUCAUCAAAAACUUUAGAUGAAACAGUAGCCAGCUUAAUUCCGUGUUCAUUUGAUGGUAGAGAUGGCUCUGCUCAGCCACAUGUGUCUUGGGCCAUGGUACUUUCACAGCCCCCAAAGAAAAUUGUGUCAUCACCAGCAUCUGAAGGUCUUUCUGGAGGCAAAGGGAAGCAGGAUAGUGAAGCAAAGCAGUCAGAAACAAAAAAUGACGCUAGUGAAACUGAGCCUGAAGAAGGGUCAGAAAAGAAGAAAAAAAAGAAGAAAAAGAAGAAAAAAACAAAGUCACCCACUGAUGUAGAGAAACCUCAAAAUGAAUCUACUACAAUACAGGAACCACCAAGGAUUGAGGAUGCUGAGGAGUUUCCUGAUCUGGCAGCUGCUUCUGAUAGGAGAAACAGGCUAGGAUCUCAGAAAUCAUCGUUUACUCCUGCUGUCAGAAAGCAGUCUGAAAUCCAUCUCCCUGAAGAGCCUUGGGAUAGUCGGUCUCCCGCACUGGAUGGAACUGCCAAGGUGGUGGAGGGACUGUCAGGGAAGCAAGCUUCAUCUUCUAUAUUAGAAAGAAAGAAAAUGCAGGAAACAUCCAGGGGCAGUGGUAAGAAGAGUCAAAUUCCCGUGCAGUUGGAUUUGGGUGGCAUGCUGGCAGUCUUGGAGCAGAAGCAGCAAACAGAGAAGUCAAAACAGUCUUCUAAACCUGUGGUGUUUUCAGUUGGUGGUGCCAUACCAUUGCUUUCUAAAGAACCUGCUACAGCCACAAAAAGUCACCGGUUAAACCAAGGAAAGAUGCCUCAUAACCCUUUGGAUUCCAGCGCUCCUUUGGUAAAGAAAGGGAAACAGAGAGAAGUCCCUAAAGCAAAGAGACCAACACCUCUUAAAAAGAUUAUUCUGAAGGAAAGAGAACAACGAAAACAGCAACACCUGUUAGAACAGACAGCAGUACCAAAAGAUGAAGAUAAUAUUUGUCAGUCUGCAGAAAAUAUUACUGAAGAUGAAACGCUUCUACAGCAGAGUCAAGCAGCUGUUCCUGUAAUGCAAGUUGCUGAUGGGUUUCUGGCGAACACAGGGAUCAAGGAAUCUACAGAAGGUUCUAUGACUUCAAAGCAGCUAACCUCCAAUCUUCCAAAAAUCCAUAGUAGGAAUUUUAGAGAUUAUUGCAGCCAGGUACUUAGUAAAGAAGUUGACAGUUGUGUGACAGAUCUCUUAAAAGAACUGGUUCGUUUCCAAGAUCGCUUGUAUCAGAAAGACCCAGUGAAGGCCAAGAUAAAACGCAGGCUUGUUAUGGGUCUUAGAGAAGUUUUGAAACAUCUGAAGCUGAAAAAACUGAAGUGUGUCAUCAUCUCUCCUAACUGUGAAAAGAUUCAGUCAAAGGGUGGAUUGGAUGAGACUUUACACAACAUUAUCGACUGUGCCUGUGAACAGAAUAUCCCAUUUGUUUUUGCCCUUAAUCGCAAGGCCCUAGGCCGCUGUGUGAACAAAGCAGUGCCUGUGAGUGUGGUGGGAGUUUUUAGCUAUGAUGGGGCUCAGGACCAUUUUCAUAGAAUGGUACAACUGACAACAGAGGCCAGGAAGGCCUACAAAGAUAUGAUAGCAGCUUUAGAGGAAGAAUCUGAAGGAGGACUAAGAGAAACCCAACCCAGCAUCUUAACCACUGAAUAUGAAAAAAAAGGCUUAUCAGAAACUGGUAAAACAUCUUCCAAGGACUCUGAUGAGGAUGUACCAAAUUAUAUUAAAAUCUGGAAGAGAAAACUUGAAGAAGAGUAUAACCCAUAUGCACUGGAACUGGAAAAGAGUGCAGCUGCUGACAUGGUGAUAGUGAAUUCGGAAGAGCAUGAGUAAAUCCAGAUCCAAUUCCAUUGGGCUUUUAAUUUUACUUUUUUUUAGACCCCUAGGAACAGGGUAGCAAAAUUAAAAUAAUUUAAGAAAUAUCUGAAGUCAGCUAAAUAAACUGUUCUGAAUCCCUUUAAGCAAAAUACACACUGGAGCACAGGAGGCACUGGCUAAUGCUUUUACGUUCUCUGUAUUUGGCUGAUUACUAUAGCAGCUGACAACAGCAAAUGGUCUAAGCCCCAAACCACUUGAAAUGGCGUGGCAUACUUCAAUGGUUUUAUGGACUAGCAUUGAUUUGUUAGUGAUACAAUAUACCAAAAGAGCUUGCUAGGAAGAUAAUUUUAUUUGGGAAGAGAUUCCACGAGCCAGAAGGUUGGGGCUUGUGGGGAGUUGCGUUUUAUUUUUAACUCUUGUUUAAAGAACUUCAACUGUUUUUUGAUUGUGGGUUUGUUUUUGGUUUUUACUUUUAAAUAAACCUGCUCAGGUGGG